AUGUCUACCAAUCGUCAUCCUGCAGUUGCGCAUUACACAUCGCAAUUAGGAACCGUCCAAGUCAGAAUGCAAGAGCCUUGUUCCAUGGAUGAACACGAAAUUGAACAUUUAGUGUCUGAGGAACGAAGUUCGCAUAUACCGCCAGUUACACCUGAUCAUCUUGAUACAAAGGGUGUCAAUGAUUCUCCAAAUGGAUAUGUUAACGGCAUCAAAAAACAUUCACAGUUGAACGGCAAUGCUAUGAAUGGUCAUGUCCAUAUUACUGAAAAUCCUCAAUUCUACGCAUUCGAAUGUAAUGGUAACAUGGCGAAAAACAAAUCUGAGCCGCUACUAAGACACUACGAAGAAGACUCAAAUUCCAACGUGAAACCAUCAAAAUUCUACGACUUCUACAAAAUCUUUGACAGCCCGAAAAAGCCCAAGGAGUCUCAGCAUCAUUCGCCCUACAGUUCCAAAUCAAACGGAUCGAUCCAAGACGAUUCGUUGAACUCCACUCAACUCACUUUUCUGAACGAUUCAAUCAACAGUCAAAGGAGACUGUCUCCAGUACUGGAACCUAACGGUUAA